AACGGCGGCGCUGCGGGACGGGCGGGCCCGGCGCCGCCAUGGCCGCGUCCCCCGCCCGGCUGCGCCGCUGGGAACGGGAGCAGGCCCGGCUGAGGGCCAGCGUGGUGGAGGAGGACACGGAGCCGUGGCAGAAGGAGCCGCAGUUCGCGGGGCUGCACAGAGUGGGCGGUGUGGAUCUGUCCUACUGCAAGGGGGACGAGAGCCGUGCCUGCGCCUCCCUGGUCGUGCUCAGCUACCCGGCUCUCGAGGUGCUGUACCAGGACUGCCGCAUGGUGCCCGUCACCGCCCCGUACGUGGCCGGGUUCUUGGCCUUCCGAGAGGUCCCUGUCCUGGUGGAAGCUGUGCAGAGACUUCAGCAGGAGGAGCCCCAGCUCCAGCCUCAGGUCCUUCUGGUAGAUGGGAAUGGCCUGCUCCAUCCCAGAGGAUUUGGCACAGCCUGUCACCUCGGAGUCCUGACGGACCUGCCCUGCAUUGGCGUGGCCAAGAACCUCCUGCACGUGGAUGGCUUGGCCAGGGAUGAGCUGCACAGGGAGCAGGUUCGUUCCCUGCAGAGGUCAGGAGAGGCAUUCCCACUGACAGGCACCUCGGGGAAGGUCCUGGGCAUGGUGCUGCGGAGCCACAGCAACAGCUCCAGGCCCCUGUACGUGUCCGUGGGCCACCGGGUGAGCCUGGGCACGGCCGUGCGCCUGGUCAGGGCCUGCUGCCGCUUCCGCAUCCCGGAGCCCAUCCGGCAGGCUGACAUCAGGUCCAGGGAGUACCUUCGGAGGCAGCCCUGUGCUCCAGUGGAGGGGCUGGAGGCUGUGCCUGCCAGCCCAGAGAGGUGGGUGUGUGGGCAGGGCACCUGCUCGUGGCAUGAGCUGCAGUAAUGGCAUUAAGGGUACAGGCAGGGUAACCAGGUGAGCUCAGUGGGGAGGUGAGGACAUGUGCAGCCUCCAGAAGGUGAUUUCUGCUCCCUCUGGCCACGCUGCCUCGCACGCUGUCCUGAGCUGGGGAAGGGCAGCAGGGAUUUGCUCUUUUUUCAGCACUGCUCAUAAGCAAAGCCCUAACACCCACAGGUGUGACCUGAGGAGGAGCAGAAAUACCUGCAGGGAGCUGGGUUUGGCCCCAGGUCUUGGUGGGGGGGUCAGAGUCCCCCACUCUUACAUAAGGUGGCCAGUGGGUGUCAGUUCAGGGCUAAAUCUGCCCCGGGGUGCAGGAGCUCAAGCUCACCAAGUGCCAGUUGUUUGUGCCUGUUGGCUUCUACUUUUUGUACAACUACUUCCUACUCUCUCAUUUUUAUAUCCCUGCAGCAAAAAGGAGACUGAAUUGGAGGAUUAGUCUGGUGCCAGAAGAAAGUGCAGAGCUUCUCUUGGCUGGGUCCUGUCCUGCACCAAGGCUGAGUCCUGCUGGAUGCAGGAGCCCAGUGUCACCCUGGGGGACAGCUGUGCCAGGCUGUGUCCCACAGGACAGCACCAGCCACUGCUCGGGGAGAAUCCGUGCAGUGAAACUUCUCAGGGUUCAUUUUCAAGUACUGCUAAAACCUUUGUGUAAGCAAAGGCUCACGUGCAAGUUUGCAGCGCCUCACUGGAGUCCUUGUGCAGCUGCAGGGGCUGAUUUACAGAGCUGCUGAGGCAUUGCCACUGCAGAGCCAGCCUGUGUCUCCCCCCAUCUCUGUGACACAGAGCCCUCCCUUCCCUCCCUUUGGAGCAGCCUCACCUGUCCCUGCAGCCUGGGCUCUCCAUUCCCCCUGCACAGCCCUGGGGAGCAGCAGCCCCACUGCCCAGCUCCUCUGGAGCAAGGAUCAUCCAGGGGAAAGGAUGGGAGGAACCAUCUCCCUCCCAGGAGCAUGGGGAGGUCAUUCCUGGCACCCAGAGUGCCCCAGGUGCCCGGAUCCCAGGCUGGAGAUCUGGCCCAGCCCCAGCUCAGCCUGAGGAGCAGAGCCCAGAGCUUUUGGGCCCAAAUCAUCCUCAACCCUCAUCCAGCCUGCAGGACCAAAGGUGCUCCCAAGGUGUGGGAUCCUGGCUGAGGCUGGCAGGUGGUUCCUGACUGUUCUGAAGAGCAGCAGGAGCUCUGGGAGAUCCUGGUGUGGCUGUGUGAGAUUGCAGCCUGAAGAGGAAGAAGGAUGCUUUCCUGGGGUGGGCAGGGGUGCUCAUGUCAAGCCCCUGUGGGCUGUUUAACCUCAGUUUUGCAUAAAUUUGUUGUCCAACUUUUGUUCUUUCCUGUCUUGGAGCUGCUCUGGGUGGGGAGGACAAAGCCCAGCCUGUUGUGGCUCUGCUGUGUUGGGGUCUGAACCGGGUGGGGAAAGGGAGGAAGUGACAAACCCUGGGCCCAUCUGGGCAGGUCUGGGCUGGUCCUGGCAGUGCUGGGGACAGGCACUGGCAGAGCACCUCCCUAAAAAGCCUUUGCUGACAGGUUUUAGAGCCAAAGCUGCAGCAGCUGCUGCUCCUUUGGUCCUGGGGGCUGCUGCCGGCCCAGGGGCAGAGGCAGCACUGGGCUCGUGCCUGGCUGUGGCAGGGGACAGGGGGCACAGGGACAGCCGUGUCCCCUCCCUGCACAGACACAGAACCUCCUCUGCCACGGCCUGUGGGAGCAGGGAGGGGACAGAGCCACAGCCAGCAGGGAUCAUUCCAGCACUCCUCAUUCCAGCCCCACAAAACCAGUGACUUCUCUGGCCAUGGGGACAGUCUCCUAAAGCCUGUCACAGACUCAGGCACAGGUGACAGGGUGGGCAGGGGACAGCUCCUUCCUAGAGCUCAUGGCAGAACAGCAGGGGAAUCAUCUGGGUUUCUGAUUUGGCCUGUGCUGGGAGGUCACAGGGUCAUCCCUGGCUCCUUCCAAAUUCUGGGUGGCACCACUCCCACUGCAGGCUCAGCCCAGGUGGGCUGAAUGAGGCUCCUCAUUUGGCUCAGCUGUGCUGGAGGAGGCUCUGAGGGGAGCAGCUCCUCCAGGAUGGCCCUGGCAGAACAGGGCAACCUUCAGAGUGUGGCUUCUCCUGCCCUGGUGAGUGUCUGGCUUUCAUCUCAUGUUUAAUGUCUGUGGUUUUGAUCCCUGAGCUGUUGGUGACUUUUUGUGUGCUUCUGGUUGGUAUUUGACAAUGAGAGCUGGUCAGGGGAGGCUCUGCAGCCAAGGCUGUGAUCUGGGUGGCACCUGGAGGAAUUGAGCCCAGCUCAGACAGAAAGUGAGGGUCUGUCACUGGGUGCUCCUGCUGGGAUCUGGGUGUUUUGAUCCAUGGAGGGUUUGUGUGCUCAGUCUGUGAGGGAUCCAGGGCUGGGGACACUGCUGUCCUCAGCUGGCCUGAGCCCCCCCAGCUGCCUCUGCCCAGGGAGUGAGGGGAAAUCAGGUGAAAAAAUAUAAAAAGUAGCAUAAAAAUGGCUCUGCAUCACUGCCCCAGCUUCCCUCUGCAGGAGGCUCUGAACUCCUCCCAAGCCCAGGUAAACUCAGGUGACUCUGGAUGAAGUCAACUGGGGAGGCUUUGGGAGGGGAUGGUGCUGCAGUGUCCUGGCUGGAGCCAGGGGCUCUGUGCUGUGCCUUUGGGCUUUGCCUGGGCCUGGCACGCUCUCCCAGCUGCCCAAACGUGGCAGUUCAGUCCUUCCUAAAGGAAGGGACUAAUCUCUGUGUUUGGUGUCUGCUUGUGGCUCUUUGGACACAAUAAGGGAUUAACUUGGUCUUUAUCUAAUUGGUUUAUAACCCUGGGAAGGGAAAAUCGCUUUGUAAUGCUUGAAACCUCUUAACAGGAACUCAGAGACUGGAGCUUGAGUGUCCUUCGAAAUAAACUCAUACAUGGCUUGUCUUUUUUAA